AUGUCUGCUGCUGCUGAUAGAUUAAACUUAACCUCUGGCCAUUUGAACGCCGGUAGAAAGAGAAGUUCUUCUUCUGUUUCUUUGAAGGCCGCUGAAAAGCCUUUCAAGGUCACCGUCAUUGGUUCCGGUAACUGGGGUACCACCAUUGCAAAGGUCGUUGCUGAAAACUGUAAGGGUUACCCAGAGGUUUUCGCUCCAGAAGUUCAAAUGUGGGUGUUUGAAGAAGACAUUAACGGUGAAAAACUUACCGAAAUCAUAAAUACCAGACACCAAAACGUCAAGUACCUGCCAAAUAUCACUCUUCCAGACAACCUGGUCGCCAACCCAGAUUUGAUUGACUCCGUUAAGGACGUCGACAUUCUAGUGUUCAACAUCCCACAUCAAUUUUUGCCACGUAUCUGUGGCCAAUUGAAGGGUCACGUCAGCUCUCACGUCAGAGCUAUCUCCUGUUUGAAGGGUUUCGAAGUCGGUGCCAAGGGUGUCCAAUUGUUGUCCUCUUACAUCACCGAAAACCUAGGCAUCCAAUGUGGUGCUUUAUCCGGUGCUAACAUUGCCACAGAGGUCGCCCAAGAACAUUGGUCUGAAACUACAGUUGCCUACCACAUUCCAAAGGACUUUAGAGGUGAGGGUAAGGAUGUCGACCACAAGGUCUUGAAAGCCUUGUUCCACAGACCUUACUUCCACGUCAGUGUCAUUGAAGAUGUCGCCGGUAUCUCCAUCUGUGGUGCUUUGAAGAACGUCGUCGCCUUGGGUUGCGGUUUCGUCGAAGGUCUAGGCUGGGGUAACAACGCUUCUGCCGCCAUUCAAAGAGUCGGUCUGGGUGAGAUCAUAAGGUUCGGCCAAAUGUUUUUCCCAGAAUCUAGAGAAGAAACCUACUAUCAAGAAUCCGCUGGUGUUGCUGACUUGAUCACCACCUGUGCCGGUGGUAGAAACGUCAAGGUUGCUAGAUUAAUGGCUACUUCUGGUAAGGAUGCCUGGGAGUGUGAAAAAGAGUUGUUGAACGGCCAAUCCGCUCAAGGUUUGAUCACCUGUAAGGAAGUCCACGAAUGGUUAGAAACCUGUGGGUCCGUUGAAGACUUCCCAUUGUUCGAAGCCGUCUACCAAAUCGUUUACAACAACUACCCAAUGAAGAACCUGCCGGAUAUGAUUGAAGAAUUAGAUCUACACGGAGAAUAG